AUGCUGGGGGCCUGCCUGGGCCUCUGGGUCUGCACCCUGGUCUGUGCGGUCCACGCCUAUCCCAACACCUCCCCGCUGCUGGGCUCCAGCUGGGGCGGCCUGACCCACCUGUACACGGCCACGGCCAGGAACAGCUACCACCUGCAGAUCCACAGGGACGGCCACGUGGAUGGCUCACCCCAGCAGACCAUCUACAGUGCCCUGAUGAUCAGAUCUGAGGAUGCGGGAUUCGUGGUGAUUACAGGGGUGGUGAGCCGGAGAUAUCUCUGCAUGGACUUCAGAGGCAACAUUUUUGGAUCUCAUCACUUCAGCCCCGAGAGCUGCAGGUUCCGGCAGCGGACGCUGGAGAACGGCUACGACGUGUACCACUCGCCGCAGCACCGCUUCCUCGUCAGCCUGGGUCGGGCCAAGCGUGCCUUCCUGCCGGGCACCAACCCGCCCCCGUACGCGCAGUUCCUGUCGCGCAGGAACGAGAUCCCGCUGCUGCACUUCGCCACCGCGCGGCCCCGGCGCCACACGCGCAGCGCGCACGACGGCGGGGACCCGCUGAGCGUGCUCAAGCCGCGCGCCCGCGCCACGCCCGCGCCCGCCUCCUGCUCGCAAGAGCGGCCCAGCGCCGAGGACAGCGGCCCUGCGGCCAGCGACCCGCUGGGGGUGCUCCGCGGCCACCGGCUGGACGCGCGCGCCGGGCCGGGGGGCGCCGAGCGCUGCCGGCCCUUCCCCAGCUUCGCUUAGGGCGGCCCAACUCGGAAAGCCAAAACGUCUGGGGCGCGGGCUGGAGGUGGGGCGAACCGGCCCCGCUUCCUCCCUUAGCGGGAGGUCCCCGGGGAUUGCCCUUGGAGCGGUGGCGCCCCUCGCCGUCCUCCUCCCACCUGGACGCGCUCCUUUGGGAGAGAAAGGGUUCCCUCACCCCCAGUCCUUCCUCUUCCCUCUCCUCUCCUCUCCAUCAGUCUAACAUUAAGAACAGGGGCUUAGCGAGUUGACCAGCCGGGAGGUGAAGCAGGGAGCCCAAGCCAGCGGCUUCUCCACCGCCCCCUGCUUUGUGCCAUCUGCCUGGACCCUGUCGGCAGGGUCUGAGUUUGCAACCUUGACCUGGGGGAUUAACAGCUCGACUGAGCAAAACCCAUGAAAAUCCUAACCUCAAGCCUUCGUUCUUCCUUAAGCAUCUCCGGAGAAGGGCCGUCAACAAGACUGGGGGUAGGCUGGUCAAAACUUAGCCAGAAUGAGCACCCGGAGGAUGGAGGCAGGGAUCAAGCUAGAGACGCGAGCUCCUUACAGGAUGGCCCCUUGCCCUGCUCUGUCCCUCUGUGCAGCCAAAGCCCGGCCCAGAGUGACGCUGCGCUUUCCCAUGGCCCCUGCCUCUUGGCCCUACCUUUGGCUUGAGUGAAUUGGGCCUGAGGAGUUUUGGUCUUGGCUCCUGAAAAUCUACCCUGCUAGGAUUUGUUUUUCAAAAUGGAAAUAAAUUCAAACUCUCCCAAGAGGCCCUUAAUUAAACCUCUGCUUUCAGGCUGAGUGGUGAUCCAUUCUGGAUGAAUCAGACAAAUGUUGCAAGGAGGGGCCUGGUGACAAGGGGACUGCUCUGGGCUGGGUUUUUGUGCCAAUUGUGUCUUUUUUUUUUUUUUUUUUUUUUUUUUUGUGGUACGCGGGCCUCUCACUGUUGUGGCCUCUCCCGUUGCGGAGCACAGGCUCCGGACGCGCAGGCUUAGCGGCCAUGGCUCACGGGCCCAGCCGCUCCGCGGCAUGUGGGAUCUUCCCGCACCGGGUCACGAACCUGUGUCCCCUGCAUCGGCAGGCGGACUCUCAGCCACUGCGCCACCAGGGAAGCCCCAAUUGUGUCCUUUUGUGAAGUGGCAUCGGGGAUUCCGGGGAAGGAAGCCCAACCACCAGGGAUCACACUGUAGGAGUCAGGAAAAGCCAGCACUGUCAGCUCUUCACCAUGACCGCAACCCGCCCUGUAGCCGUGGCUAGAGGCUUAGCUAAAACACUCCUAGGCGGGCGUUACUCCACUUGGACGUUCUGGGGGCACCAAAUGAAGACAGCUUUCAGUCCCAGGAGCCCCAGCGCUACCCUGAGGAAAACCAACCCUCACAGAACAGCUGAGCACCAGGCAGGGGGAGGCUGAUACCUUAGUCACCCUCAGGGGCCCCAUCUCCUACCUCUAUUUAAAUGGCCACCUGAACAGCAGAAUAUGCACGAGCAGAGUAGAUGCGAACAGCAGCUCCCUCCCAGUCACCUUCUCCCCCUGCUGCCAUCACGCACCCGACCUUAGAAACGGAUCCAUUCUUUUACUUAUGAGAGAAACAUUGGCCGACUGCUCUCACCUAUGGUUUCAGGCUGAUCUUGAAGGAUGAGUUCCUAUUUCAAAACACUCAGACUGUGUAUAAUAACUAUAUAGCAGUGCACGGCAACUACUUUCUUUAUAGUUUUCAUUUUCCGUUCGAGAUACUAUAGUGUAUAAAAGCUACUGGAAACCUAAACGGAAAGGACUUCGGCAGAAAACUGGUUCCUUGGGGUUUUCUCUUUGGCAGAGCUAAGAGAGCCUCACAAUGUCUUAUGUCACUUAGCACGUGGCAAUAUUUAUUUAUUUAUUUGGAAGAUUUUUGCCUGUCGCUCUAUAUUUAUGGAUAUUUAUAAAAAUGUAACACCACCUUUUUCCUUUCUUCUUUUAAAAAAAUAAAAUUUAUCUCAGCUUCUCUUAGCUUUUCCUUUUUGUAUUACUACACGAAAGUACAUCGAACUAUGAGAAUAAAAGGAAUUACGGGAGGAGUUACGGGAGGGGAGCACUGGGAAAA